AUGGUGCCCCUUAUACUUCUCGGCCUGGCCGCAAUUGUCGCAGGCUCGAAACCACUCCCCACCGCGAUAAUCGACUCCGGUGCCAUCGUCGGAACAACCACAACUCUGCCCUCGUCGACUGCCGUUGUAAAUAAAUACUUGGGAGUCCCUUUCGGUAAACCGCCUGUUCGAUUCAGUCCACCAGAGCCCGUUGGCCGCUGGUCUACCUACUAUAACGCGACAAAAUGGGGACCAGCUUGCAUUCAAGAAACAGGCCCGGCAGUCCAAUUUUUAUUUAACCUGCUGGACAUGCCACCCCCGCUGGGUGGGGAGGAUGAAGAUUGCCUAAAUCUCAAUGUUUUCACACCGGCUGAUGCGUCGGCUGGCUCAAAGGCUGUUCUUGUCUGGUUGUACGGGGGCGCUUUUCGUAAUGGUGCAUCUGCGGAGCCUCAGUACGAUGGGUCGAGUUUCGCGGCCAACCAGGACGUAGUGGUGGUUACCAUCAACUACCGCACUAAUGCCUUUGGAUUCCCCGCUGAUGAAAGUCUUCCAUUGAAGGAAAGGAACUUAGGCCUGCUGGACCAAAGACUUGCCCUUGAAUGGGUAACUCGAAACAUUGCUGGUCUCGGCGCGUCGAUGCGCUCGUUGUUACUCCCCCCCGAACCAGUACCCUUCCGAGCAGCCAUCAUGGAAUCAGGCCAAAACUCCAUCCAGACUUCGUUCGAUACGACCGUCAAGAGCUACAAGCAGUCCUGGCAGAAGCUGCUCAAUGCUACGAAUUGCGCCUCUGGAAAUUCCAUCGAAUGCCUUCGAGCCGUUCCCGCCCAAGAUCUGAAGAAGCUCGCCACAAAGGGUGGUCUGGCCUUUGGGCCCGUCCGCGACGAUUUCACGUUGGCCAAAAAGCCUCGCCAGAAGCGCCUCAAUUCCACCAAGAAUGAAACUUCGAUCGCUCGAGUCCCGGUCCUUAUUGGGAGCAACGGCGACGAAGCCAUGACAACGAUCAUCGGACAAAAUGAUACAAGAAAAUAUCUCCAGCCCGUCCUCGGCAACUUCACCGACUUGCUCCUUUCCAAAUACCCCCUUGGAUCACCAGGAGCACACACUGAGCACGAGCGACUGUCUCUCAUCAUCACAGAAUUCCAAAUACAAUGCGUAUCCGCAGCGUACGCGAACGAGAGCGCUUUCGCUGGCAUCCCCACCUGGAGAUACCUGUUCAAUGCAAGCUUUCCCAAUAACGAGAAGGGAUACGGUGCUUAUCAUACUUCCGAAAUUCCCUUUGUCUUUGGCACAUACCCGCAAGCAAACAAGACCCAGUUUGAGGAAGAUGUCAGCAAAUCAAUGCAAAAGGCUUGGGCGGAUUUUGCCAAGGAUCCUUACAAAGGACCGGGCUGGGCGAGGGAGCCGGCUAUUGGGAUUUUCGGAGAUGGUGUCAAGGCUGGUAUGAGCGUCGAAGGAAAGAAGCCUUUGAGAACUGUUCCGUCGAAGAAGGUGGAUUUCCGAUGCCCGCUUUAUCUACCCCUUUACACCUAG